AUGGAAAAUAGGAAUAAUGUUACUGUGUUUAUUCUCUUGGGCCUUUCCCAAAACAAAAACAUUGAAAUUCUUUGCUUUGUAUUUUUCUUAUUUUGUUACAUUGCUAUUUGUAUAGGAAACAUGUCCAUAAUAAUUUCUAUCACAUGCAGUCAGCUAAAUGGUCAACCCAUGUAUUUCUUCCUUAACUACCUCUCUCUCUGUGACCUUUGCUUCACAUCCACAGUGACACCUAAACUAAUGACUGACUUACUUGCAGAAAGGAAGACCAUUUCCUAUAAUAACUGCAUGGCACAACUUUUUAUCAUGCACUUACUUGGAGGUAUCGAGAUCUUUAUCCUCACAGGCAUGGCUUAUGACCGCUAUGUGGCCAUCUGCAAGCCCCUACACUACACUGUCAUCAUGAGCAGACAGAGGUGUAAUGCAAUUAUCAUAGCUUGUUUUACUGGAGCAUUUAUACACUCUGCCAGUCAGUUUCUGCUCACUAUCUUCUUACCCUUCUGUGGCCCUAAUGAGAUAGAUCACUAUUUCUGUGAUGUAUAUCCUUUGCUGAAAUUGGCUUGCACCAAUACACAGAGAAUUGGUCUAUUGGUAAUUGCCAAUUCAGGUGUGCUUGCUUUGAUGACCUUUGUGAUUUUGAUGGUGUCUUAUGUUCUGAUAUUAUAUACCAUCAGGCCUUACCCUGCUAAAAGCCGUACCAAAGCUCUUUCAACUUGCAGUUCUCACAUAACAGUGGUAGUUCUGUUCUUUGUGCCUGUACUGUUCAUUUACAUUAGACCAACUGUAACUUUUCCAGAAGAUAAAGUAUUUGCUCUUUUCUACACCAUCAUUGCACCCAUGUUCAACCCUUUGAUCUAUACACUGAGAAACAUGGAAAUGAAGGAUUCCAUGAAGAAGAUGUGGCACCAUCAAUUGUUUUUGGAAGGAAAGCAACAGGCAUGA